CGAACCCCGAGAUGUCCGCGAGUAACGAGAGCCGAUCCCGCGAGAGCGGCCCCGAGGGGAUGGAACCGGACGGGGUGAUCGAGAGUAACUGGCACGAGGUCGUGGACAGCUUUGACGAGAUGAACCUGUCGGAGGCGCUGCUGCGCGGGAUCUACGCCUACGGCUUCGAGAAACCCUCGGCAAUUCAGCAACGGGCGAUUCUGCCGUGUAUCAAAGGCUAUGACGUCAUCGCCCAGGCCCAAUCCGGCACGGGUAAAACCGCCACCUUCGCCAUUUCCAUCCUGCAGCAGGUGGAGCUGGAGCUGAAAGCCACGCAGGCCCUGGUGCUGGCCCCGACCCGAGAACUGGCCCAGCAGAUCCAGAAGGUGGUGAUGGCCCUGGGGGAUUACAUGGGCGCCUCGUGCCACGCCUGCAUCGGCGGCACCAACGUCCGGGCCGAGGUGCAGAAGCUGCAGAUGGAGGCGCCGCACGUGGUGGUGGGGACGCCGGGACGUGUGUUCGACAUGCUCAACCGCAGAUAUCUGUGUGAGUGACCCGAAAUCGCCAGAAUUCACCCCAAA